AUGGCGCUCGUGUAUAGUGCAGCAGAGUACUGUGCGCCAGCUUGGACAAGGAGCACUCGCAGUAAAAAAAUCGACAUGCAGUUAAACCAUACCAUGAGAAUUAUCUCAGGAACGGUAAAAAGUACUCAAAUACAAUGGCUCCCUGCUCUUGCAAACAUUGCUCCUGCUGACCUGAGAAGAAAAGCAGCAACCCACUCCUUGUUAAAUAAAAUUAAAAAAAACCCAAACCUCCCAGUAUACGAGGACAUUUAUCAACACCCAGUAAAGAGACUUAAGUCUAGAAACCCAAUGUGGAUCGAUAUUGAAACAGAAGUGAACACAGAGAACCAAUGGAAAAGCCGCUGGAAGGAUGCUGAAGUAAAAAAUGCUGAGUUGGUAGUAGAUCCUACCCAGAAACUCCCAGGAUUUGACUUUCCAUGAUCAUUAUGGACUACAAUAAAUAGAAUAAGAACUGCUAAUGGUAGUUGCAAUCAUUUACUUCAUAAAUGGGGCAUGAGUGAGUCACCUCUUUGUAGCUGUGGACAUAUCCAAACAACGAAGCAUAUAGUUGAAACAUGC